AACCUACCAAACCGACCCGAGACUUGAAAAAAGCCCUAACCCUUGUCGGGCAACCAGUCGGACUUCGGUGAGGAAGGACCGAAGGUAGGUGACCGUCUGCAACUUCACCUCUACUCCUUGGUUAAAUUUCUGCUUUACCUGCUGGGCUUGGUGGAGAUCUCCUCUUUCUGCAAGUCUCUCCUAGAUGAUGUGCCUUCCACAAUGCCGCCUCCAACUGAUCUAGCAGUACUUCCAUCUCCGACACUGGCAAGAGACCAAGUCCAUGAAAUGGAAAUAUCAAGUCCGACAACUGUUGUAAAACCAAACAAGAGAUUGACAUCUGUUGUGUGGAAUGACUUCGAAAGGGUAAAAAAGGGUGAUGUUUGUGUGGCUGUUUGUAAACAUUGCAAAAAGAAACUCAGUGGAUCAAGUACUAGUGGUACGUCACAUUUGAGAAAUCAUUUAAAAAGGUGUAGGAAAAGGACUAAUCAUGACAUAACUGAGCUACUAGUAGUCAGAGAGAAGAAGAAAGAUGGAACCCUUGACCUUGGAAACUUUAAGUUUGAUCAGGAACAGAAAAAAGGUGAGACGUUUAGCCUCGAAAAUUAUAAGUUUGAUCCAGAGAGGAGUCGACUUGAUCUUGUACAAAUGAUAAUCUUACAUGGCUAUCCGUUGGCCAUGGUUGAGCACAUUGGAUUCAAAAUGUUUGUUAAGAAUCUCCAGCCAUUGUUUAACCUAAUGAAUUGUUCUACUGUUGAGGCUGAUUGUAUGGCAAUUUAUGCAAAGGAGAAGCAGAAAAUGUACGAAGUAUUGGAUAAAUUGCAUGGUAGAAUUAGCCUCAUUGCUGAUAUGUGGGUUUCGUGUGAAAGUGGUGGAUACUUGUGUUUGACAGCACACUACAUUGAUGGGACUUGGCAAAUGCAGAAAAGGAUUCUCAAUUUUGUAAUGGUUGAUCCCUCUCAUACUGAAGACAUACUUUCAGAAGUUCUUAUGACAUGUCUAAUGGAUUGGGAUAUUGAUCGUAAACUGAUCGCCUUGACAUUGGAUGACUGUUCCACCAAUGAUAAUUUUGUUUCAAGAAUAAGGGACCGACUCACACAGAAUAAGUUGCUUUUGAGUAAUGGUCAAUUGUUUGAUGUUCGCUGUGCUUCACAUAUUCUUAAUCUUAUUGUUCAAGAUGCAUUGGAUGCACUGCGUGAUGUAAUUGAGAAAAUUCGAGAAAGUAUUAGGUAUGUUAAAAGUUCACAGGGAAGGCAAGAAAAGUUCAACGAAAUUGCUCAACAAAUUCGGGUCUAUUGUCAGAAGAGCUUAUGUCUUGAUUCUCCAAUGAGAUGGAUUUCAACAUAUCUUAUGCUUGAAGUUGCCUUGGAAUACAAAGAUGUAUUUUCUCUUUUGCGAGAACAUGACCCUGCCUACAAGCUGGCACCAUCUGAUCUAGAGUGGGGAAGGGCAACUGCCAUUACUAACUAUUUGAAGCUUUUCUUUGAAGUUACCAAUAACUUCUCGAGCAUUAAACAUCCGACUGCAAAUCUUUAUUUUCCUGAGAUUUGUGAUGUUCACUUGCAAUUGAUUGAGUGGUGCAAAAGUGCAGAUACAUUCAUUAGUGGUAUGGCACUGAGGAUGAAAAGCAAAUUUGAUAAAUACUGGAACACUUGCAGUUUGGCUUUAGCAAUGGCCGCCAUUUUGGAUCCUCGAUUCAAGAUGAAGUUGGUGGAAUAUUACUACCCACAGAUAUAUGGUAGUGCUGCUGCAGAUCGCAUAAAGGUUGUCUCUGAUAAUAUUAAGGAGCUUUUCAAUGACUAUGCAAUAUGUUCGACAUUGACUAAUUUCGAGCAUGGUUUGGCUUGGGAAGGUCGAGCCAAUAGUGGGUACAGUGGUACCGGCUUACCGAGUGCCAGCAAUGACAGGCUUAGUGGUUUUGACAAGUUCCUUCAUGAAACUUCCAAUACGCAACGUGUUAAGUCAGAUUUGGAUAAAUAUUUGGAGGAACCUGUCUUUCCUCGUAAUGUGGAUUUUAGCAUAUUGAAUUGGUGGAAAGUUCACACACCAAGGUAUCCUAUCUUAUCUAUGAUGGCUCGUGACGUUCUCGGAAUUCCAAUGGCGACUGUUCCAUUAGGAUCAACAUUCAAUGCUGGUGGCAGGAUACUUGAUCCUUACCGGAGUGCUCUAAAUCCCGACAUUCUGCAGGCCUUGAUAUGCACACAAGACUGGUUACGAACUGAUUUAGAAGAAUCACAGCCAUCCUCAAGCCAUGCGGUUUUGUCCUUGUGCCUUGAUACAACUUAGUCUGUGGAUCAAGGUUCACGGAUCAUUAUGAUGGUGCCUAAUUGUAUCUGGAUGCUAUUUUCUUCUCAUCCUCCAUGCCAUUUCUAUUAUCUUUGGAGCUUAAAUGCUAUUUGGGAAGAUAUGUUAACCUUUACAUGUACUGAGAUGUACCAUUGUCGACUUAGAUGGUUAGAGGUGGUCUUUAUCAUGCUUUAAGGGAAACUUAUGAUCUGGGUCUGGUUUUUUAGUUCCCA